CAAGAGGAUAACGAUAACACACACACACUCAUCCCUUUCUCCCACACAACAACAAUGGCGACCUUCAUACGACCACCAUCAUCACUCUCCUUCCUUUCAUCCCAAACCCCUUCAUCCCUCUUCACCAAACCCCCAAAACCCCACACUCUCAAACCCAUUUCCAACCUAACCCGCUGCCAACUCUCCACCCUCCCAAUCCUCUCAUUCGACGGCACCAAAGUCGGCGAAACCUCCAUCAACCUCAAGUCCGCCAGCCCCGACACCGCCCGCGCCGUCGUCCACCGUGGCAUCACCACCGACCUCAACAACAAGCGCCGCGGUACCGCCUCCACCCUCACCCGAGCAGAGGUUCGGGGAGGCGGUAAAAAACCCUUCCCACAAAAGAAACUGGGCCGUGCCCGCCGCGGGUCGCAGCGCACCCCGCUUCGACCCGGGGGAGGGGUUGUUUUCGGCCCGAAACCUCGGGAUUGGUCAGUUAAGAUUAAUAAGAAGGAGAAGAGGUUGGCGAUAUCCACCGCGUUGGCGUCGGCUGCGGUUAAUGGGAUUGUGGUGGAGGAGUUUGGGGGUAAGUUUGAGAAACCGAAGACCAAGGAGUUUAUUGAGGCGUUGAGGCGAUGGGGGAUUGACCCGAAGGAGAAAUCGAUGUUUUUCAUGACGGAGGAUGAGGUGGAGGAUAAUGUGGUUCUUUCGAGUAGGAAUAUUGGGACUUUGAGGAUGUUGACACCCAGGACUUUGAAUUUGUUUGAUAUUUUGAAUGCGGAUAAGUUGGUGUUUACGAAAGGCGGGUUGGAGUAUUUGAAUGAGGCGUACGGGGCGGAUGAUGGAGAGGAUGAAGAGGAUUUCGAGGAAGAAACCGAAGAAGGAACCGAAGCAGAGGAGAUUGUGGUGCCACCAAGUGAUUCUUGAAAGUUGAAAACCACUUUGUAGUUGCAUCGAAUUUCUGUUUGGUAAAUUUGUAUUUUUGUAGUAGAUUAAUGAAUAUUGAUAUGAGGCAUUGAGGUGUUGUGUGUUUACUUGUGUUCUGUUAUGUUUGCGCCGAUUUAUAAGGUUCCUGGUGCUAAGUAUCGAGUUCUUUAUACCUAAGAAUUCUAGGUAAGGUAAGAAACAAUCAAACAUUGAUCCUUUUAUAUUAUUUUUUGAAAUUUCGAAAAAGGUUAUGUUUA